UCGCCUUCAGUUUGUAGUGUGCGACGAACCUUUUUGGCAGGUAGACGACGAAAGCUUUGGCGCAUUGAUCAUCAGCGACGUGUAGAGCUUUGACGAAAUGCAGAAGCUGAGCAGAAACGCUUGGACGCUAUGCAGUCAACGAACCAGCUUAAUCAGAGCCAAAGCCAAAUCUAGAGGUAUAGCUUGCUUAGCAGCGCUCUCGGAAACACACCAGAUACUACAAAAGAGCUGUCGGGACUUCGCGAAUGCGGAACUCGCUCCCCAUGCAAGGCGUCAUGAUCGCGAAGAGCUUUACCCAGCGGAGCAGGUGCGACGUCUGGGCGAGAUGGGACUGAUGUCAGUGGUCAUACAAGAGGAGUACGGUGGUGCAGGACUAGAUUACCAGGCGUAUGCCAUAGGCAUGGAGGAAGUGGCUCGAGGCGAUGCAGCCGUAUCCAUUGUGAUGGGCGUGAACAAUCUGUACUUGGGUGCGGUGCAACAACAUGGCACAGAGCAGCAGAAGCAACAGUUCCUCGUUCCCUACACCCAAGGUGAGCACAUUGCCUUUUAUGCACUGUCGGAGCCGGGCAACGGAUCCGAUGCAGGUGCCGCUAGCUCAACGGCCAAAUUGAAUGACGAUGGUGCAUAUCUGCUGAAUGGUACCAAAGCAUGGAUAUCAAAUUCGAAAGAGGCAAGUGGGGGCCUCAUUUUUGCAACUAUUGAUAAAUCGCUGAAGCAUAAAGGGAUCACAGCAUUUCUAACUGACAAAAACGUUUCCGGGCUUGCCAUAUCCAAAAAGGAGAGUAAGAUGGGUAUGCGUGCAACAUCCACAUGUCAGCUUACGCUUGACGAUGUCGCUGUGCCGCAGUCUCAAGUGCUUGGUGCUCCUGGCAGCGGCUUUAAAAUCGCCAUGGAAUCCCUGGACUGCGGACGCAUUGGCAUUGCUGCACAAGCUACGGGUAUUGCUCUAGCUGCCCUUGAGUUGGCCACCGACUACGCUGAGAAACGUGUUGCCUUCGGGCAACGGUUGUCUCGCCUGCAAAUGAUCCAGCAGAAGAUUGCUGAUAUGGCAUUGCGGGUGGAGACUGCUCGAUUGUUGACUUGGCGAGCUGCUUGGCUGAAAGACAACGGAAUGGUAAUUACUAAGGAGGCGGCAAUGGCAAAGUUACACGCUUCAGAAACAGCCACGUUCUGUGCCCAUCAGUGCAUUCAAAUAUUAGGUGGCAUGGGUUAUACGACGGAUCUUCCGGCUGAGCUUUACUAUCGAAAUGCUCGCGUAACGGAAAUUUACGAGGGAACUUCUGAAAUACAGAGGAUUGUGAUUGCCAACUGCGUUUUGAAUAGCAUUUCCAACUAGUCAAUAAACAUGUUGUUGCCGAAAUAA